AUGCCGAUUGUGGUGCAAGAAAAUGUCUUAACGUCGUCUGCAUGUUUGUCGACAGCAGCAUUGCCCAGCAGCCACAGAAAAACGAUGUUUGAUGAGAAGAUGAAAAGCAUGGAGCCGGACCUGGUGCGUUCGCUACCGCAUGAGGUACUUGUUGCACAGGCUGAGCAGACUACGCCAGAUGGUGGCACGGUCGCUUCUGAUUUCCGCGAGCAGACGGUCCAGGGAAAUAAAAAAAAGGCCGGUGAUCCUCAAGAAGCGUGCAGUCAACUACGCGAACCACGGCGCCCGGACCCUUCCGAAUGUUGUGGGGCUGGGUGUGCAAAUUGUGUGUGGAUUGAAUAUGGCACUCAGCUGAUUCAGUACUACGGUGACCGGCCGUUGCAGGAUGCACUGGACGAAAUUGACAAAAGCAUUGCGGAUGUGGCUCUGAGAGAAUUUGUUAAGGGUGAAGUCCGUGCACGUGCACUGCACCCUCGGAAGUGCGCUUGA